AUUCAUCAUGUUUGUCGAUGAAAUAUGAAAUAUACCUGUACUGUUAUUUACCGAACAAUAAUCACAGUUUAUUAACUACCUGCAGUUACCAUGGACGAAAUCCAAUUUUAAUAACCUUCCUACGACCAAUGAAAGUCAAUCAAGCAAAAUGUAAAUAAACGACAUCCCUGCUGUGUUAGUUCAAGACCUCACUCACGAAAGGCAACUAUUUAUUAUCACUAUCAUCCAGGAAGUACAUCGCCUCACAGGGAGAAAACACCGAAUCCUAUGUCUUAAAAAUCGACUGCAAGUCUACAGAGAUCGCCUCGAAGCUGACUUUUUGUUCCCUUAUCGGGAGAAAUCGGCAAAUCUCAAAAUGAGUAGACAUUCAACAGGUAGCUUGGACAGGAGAUAUCUGAGGCAUCGUGAAUCAAGCAGCUCCCUCGAUAUUGAACGAAUUGUGGCAAUACUCGAAGGUGGCAUGCCCAUGACAAGGUUCUCCUCCGCCAGUAAAAAAAAACCAGAAAACCGAAUAUACUUCGUCAACGUAGAACGAAUGCUGUUCUAUUGGCGGCGUCACGAUCACAAAGUUGAAGGCUCAGUGAAAAUACGCGAAUUUAAGUUCAUUCGUCACAGCAAUGUGUCCAAAGACUUCGAGAAGAAUGCAGAUUAUUUGAAGAAAAUUGAAGAAAACUGCUGUUUGGUGAUUUUUUAUGGCACUGCGUUUAAUUUGAAAACAUUAAGUUUCGUUGCUUCCACGUCACAGGAAUGUAAUUAUUGGGUUGAAGGUUUGACAUAUUUGUUGAAUAUGAAGGUGACACAUCCGAAAAUUCUCAGUAGGUGGCUACAAGUCGAAUGGAACAUGUUGCUAAAUAGUAAUCAACAUGGGAUCACGAUGAAAGAGUUGAAGCAAUUUUUGUUGCGUUGUAACAUAAAGAUGAGUGUCCCGGAAAUGAACACGAAUUUUAAGAAAAUUGACGUUAACAACAAUGCCGUCAUUGAUUUCAAAGGAUUUAAAGCGUUUUACGACAACUUGAUGAACCCCCAAGAGGUGACGAAAUAUUUCUACACGCUAUCAAAAGACAGGAAGAAUGUUCUACUUCGUGAGCUGAGAACUUUUCUCGCUAUUGACCAGAAGGAAAAAUUUGCAUCGAAAGUGGAAGCAUUAAAAGAACAUCUACACAAAUAUUUGGGGGAGUACCGACAUCCUGAUCCAUAUUUAUCCCUCGUUGAGUUUACAGAUUACAUAUACUCGAAGACGAACAGCGUUUUCAAUGAAGAACAUAGUGUAGUUUACCAAGAUAUGAAACAACCCUUGAGUCGUUACUGGAUUGCCUCCUCUCACAACACAUAUUUAACGGGAAACCAACUAUUGAGCGAAUCAUCGGUCGAGGCUUAUGUACGAUGCCUGCGAAUGGGAUGUCGUUGCGUUGAACUUGAUUGUUGGGACGGUCCUGACAACCAUCCAGUUAUUUAUCACGGGAAGACCAUCACAUCGAAAAUCAAAUUUCUCGACGUCAUUAAAGCGAUCAAGGAGUACGCCUUCACCGCCAGCAGUUAUCCGCUUAUUUUGUCGAUUGAGAACCAUUGCAGUAUCCCGCAGCAACGCGUGAUGGCGCAAGAUUUUCGUGAUGUUUUUGGAGAUUACCUCCUCACGGGUCCGGUCAAUCCUAACGAAGACAGGCUACCUUCUCCAGAACAACUUCAACGUAAAAUCAUUAUCAAGUACAAAAAACUUGCCGCUGACCCAAAUGACACUAAAGGUACGGAGGAUGUUCUAAAUGAUGUUGCGAUGGAUGGUAUUUUGUACCUUGAGGACGAAUAUGACAAGGUUUGGCGACCACAUUUUUUCGUCUUGAGUAACAACAGAUUGGACUGGACCGAGGAGCAAACCGAGUCACGUGACGAUGAUGAUAGUUUCAAUGAAGACCAGUCUGUCGACGAGAACACGAACGAAGAACUGCACUUUUCAGAACCUUGGUUUCAUCACGGCAUCGAUGGCGUCGCUGCAACAAAGUUACUUCAAAGUUACAACAGAGGAAACGGUUCGUUUCUUGUUCGAGAGUCGUCUGCUGGUGGCUACAGCAUCACUUUCUGGCGUAACGGUAUCGCCCAACAUUGUCGUAUAAAGGAAAGAAAAGUGAACGGGGAAGUGACGUAUUCUCUUGGAGAGAACGAUAGUUUUUUAAAUUUGUAUAGUCUUGUAGAGCAUUACAAGUGUCAUCCGUUGAGAACGCCUGGCUUUGAAAUCACUUUAACGGAUGCAAUUUCGCAGCCGAAUGCACAUUUGGAUAAAGUGUGGUUUCAUACGUCAUUAACACGUGACCAGGCGGAGUAUAUGCUAAUUCGCGCGCCGAACGACGGCUCGUUUCUUGUUCGCAAGAAAGAAAGCAUGGGCGACGGUCAAGAAGCGUUCGCCAUCUCCUUCAAAGCAAAAGGUAAAGUGAAACAUUGUCGUAUUAUUCAAGAAGGAAGACUGUAUACCAUUGGUACAGCUCAGUUCGAAUCUCUGGUUGAGUUGGUUGAUUACUACACCAAGUGUCCACUUUACAAAAAUAUCAAACUAAGAUAUCCAAUCAACGAAGCGAAACUUGAUGAAAUUGAAACCGUUCCUUAUGAUUACGUCGGUGAAAUAUAUCAAGAUCUCUACCUAGAUCCAACUUUUGCAACUAAGUCGGUUUGCCGUGCAUUAUGGGAUUACACUGCGACAGAUGAUGGCGAAAUGUCAUUUUGUAAGGGAGCGUUUAUCACGAAUGUCGUCAAGAGCGAUAGGGGAUGGUGGCGCGGUGAUUUUGCCGACUACAAGCAAGCGCUCUUUCCCGCCAAUUUUUGCGAAGAGAUCAAUGUCGCGACAGGGGAGUUCAAUGGAGGCGAUGAGGAAAACGAUCGUCCACUUGGCGAGACACAGAAAGGAUCAAUGAAUGUCACGAAAUGCAAAAUAGAGCUGGUACCUCCACGCGGAGGUUAUUUGUUAGCUCGUAUCACAGCCAACGGACAGAAACCGUUGGAAGUCGCGGCAAGGUCAAUCAAGGAAUUGGAGGCGUGGAUUGAAUGCAUAAGUAAGUGUGGAAAUCCGCCGAACCGAACAGAAAGCUUGAAAGCACAACAAAAUACCAAGGCAACGGCCGAACAGAAAAUUGACAAAAUGUUGUCAGAUCUCGUUAUAUAUUGUCAAACUGUACCAUUUGAUUUUGAAGGAGUGGGAAAGGGUAAACACUACGAAAUGUCUUCAAUAUCAGAGUCGAAGGUCGACAAGUACAUCAAUCAGAAGAACGCUGCUCUUCUCAACCGCUACAAUGAAAAUCAGUUGACUCGUAUCUACCCGAAGGGAACACGCGUCGAGUCGACGAAUUACGAUCCAACAACGAUGUGGAAUUGUGGAGUACAAAUGUGUGCCUUAAAUUAUCAAACUUCUGAUCGACCUAUGCAACUAAAUCACGGAAGGUUCAUGGAUAACGGAGGAUGUGGUUAUGUAUUAAAGCCAGACUGCAUGAGUUUAGAAAAUUUCGAUCCAUACAAUACAAGCUUACUAAAAAGCGUCAAACCUGUCACCAUUAGUUUAACGAUAAUCUCUGGUCGACAUUUACCGAAGAUAGCUCGAGGUGUCACGUCACCGUUCGUCGAAGUGGAAAUCGUUGGAGCUCAAUAUGACACACAGAAAUGUAGAACUAAAACACAAGAUGUCAACGGUUUGAACCCAGUCUUCAACAUGCACACUGAGUUCGACGUGCUUUGUCCCCCCCUGGCUUACAUUCGAUUCGCCGUUUAUGACGAAGACAUGUUCGGUGAUCCCAACUUUGUUGCCCAAGCCGUGUUUCCACUUGGGAGCCUACGAUUGGGUUACAGAUCAGUACCAUUGAAAAAUGCUUAUAAUGAAGACUUGGAGAUGAGCGCGUUAUUGAUCCAUUUGGAUAUGUUCAUGGAUGAAGACGAAGAAGUUUAUACUAACAUUCAUGAUCUACGAAGCCAAAUGCAACAGAUCACGACGAGAAUAGGCCAAGAAGCCUCGCACAUUAAUAAUUCCGAAGAGUCCUUGGAGCUAUCAACUAUGAAAAUGUUGGACAAUGAAUUCCGUGAAAAACAAAUACAACUCAGGACACUGCUUGCAAAAAGGACAGCGAAGAAUCGUGGGGAGAAACAAAAGAAGACGAAGUCAAUGUAACGUCAAUGGGGAAAAAUAACGUAUUUUAUAUCGUGUCGUGCUUGUAAAGUUUAAAAUGCAAUUUUUUAAUAUUUAUUGAACGUCCAGCUCAUAGUCGUAGUUAGAUUUUGAAUAUUUCAAUGAUUAAUUGGUCUGAAUUGAUUUGUCUGAA